AUGAACGGGUAUGCCCUGCUGGCCGCGCUCGCCGGGUACGUGGCCGCCGCGGGGGCGGUGGGGUGGAGCUUGCUAAGGACAUACGGCCACAAAGACGAGAGAAGCAGCUUGGUAAACACAACUAUAAAGGUCUUCAUCAUCCUGGGGUACAUACAAUGCAUGGGGAUGAUAAUCCUCGUGCCAGCAGGGGCCCAAGUGGACUCCUUUCCCAAAGUGAAGGAGCAUUUCAGCCGGAGGCAGCUCUGCAAAACAAUGUACGCCAUUUUAGGCACCUACGUAAUCAUCAUAAUGCCAUGUUUAGCAGUGAUCUACUCACAAGCAGGAGAGGUCUACACCAAAGAAGAGCGUGCAAAUCGAUUAGGCAAACAGGCAAACACUCACUGGAGGAGUUACUUCAGCAAGAUGUGCACUCAAACGGGAAGUACCAUUUGUAAAAAGGUUCUCCCCAUAUGGGUACUCUCCAUUUCGUUUUUGUACUGCCUUUUUCUUUUCACCUACCAGCACUUUCGCAAAAUCAGCUUGUCUUUAAAUGCGGAUGGCUGUGCACUGUGGUACCCCUACUUAGCGGAAACGAACAGAAGGAAAUUACUCUCCUUAAAUUUGAGGACUAAAGAAAAUUGCCAAAACGUGGGGGAGGAAAACAUCCGGAUUGACUAUACAAUUAAUUUUAAUGACUACGUGGUGAUGUGCGUCUCGCUGAUGGGCUCUAUCGUCUUCGCCAUCUACGGGGGCGUCGGACUGGUCUCCCUUCCGCUUGGUUUACUCUCCUCCGCGGUGAGUCUCUGUGGGGGGGGCGAGGCCAAUCAAGCAGCCAACGCGGCCAUCGCUAGCAACACUGGCAACGUGGUCGAAGCGAAUCGUGGGGCGGACGAACGGAGGGAAGCCCUGUUCAAGCGCGAGCUCACGCGCAUCAACACAAAGGCAGAAGAGCUUAUACAGAUCACCCAAGAGGUGGAGCGCAACAGAGAGGAAGCACAGAAGUCAAAUUUUUUCAUUUCCUUUUUGCAAAGCAUACAGUACAGACGAGAAAAAAGAAUCCUUAACAACAUGGUGCACAGGCUAGAGGUGCACUAUGAAAGAUCGGUGCACCGUCACAACAAGCAGAGGAGUGUGGUGUCCUCUGUUGGUCUCUUCCUCCUGGGGUUUUCUUCUUUACUCGCUAGUAUAACCAUCAUUGCUCACAUCUGCUUGUGCAUCCUGAGGGGAGCUGCCAGACGGGGCAAGUUGCUGCGCGACUGGCUUCUCCACUGGGACGCUGCCCAGCAGCUGAAGCUGGGACAUCUUCUGGCCCUGGAGAGGAAGCGCACCCACCUGGACACCCUCCUGCUGAACACGUGUCUCCUCAUGUUCCUGUCGACCGGGGUGGCCCUAAUCUCCCUGAAAUUCUUCCCCGCGUACGCAAAGCAGCCAUACGCAUUCGCCUUUUACGACUUGGCUCUGAAGAACCUCAUCUCCAUCGGAGACCUUUACGCACGGAGUGGACUGCUUUACCCAAUUCUAGUGGCCAGCGUGCUAGCCCUGCUCCUAUUUUUCGUGCCUGAGAAGAGCGGCCUCCUUUCGGUGUUUAUGCCGGCCACCUUUCGAGGGAUUCUAAACCAACGGGGGAAAGCCAACCCGAGGGUGGGCCCAGGCGUGGGUCGGGCCGUUGACUCGGACAGCGAGUUGGACGGGCAGUUAGAUGCCGAUCUAGAAAGCAACGCUGCGUCGAGAAGUGCUGGCAAGGUCCCCACAAGAAAUGAAAAAAGAUUUAAAUGA